AUGUCUGCUGAAGCUAUUACUGCUACUACUACUACUACUACUACUACUACUACUACUACCACUCCCGUUGAACCUACUGUUGAAUCCAACAACGUCGAAAUUCAACAAACAAAAGAUGAAGUUACUACCAUAACCGAAACUGUAGCCAACGAAGAAAAGGCUGAACAAGCUGCUAUUCCCGACACUGCUGUUGAAGCUACUGCUGCCAUUACUGAAAAUAAUACUGCUGCUGAAGUUGCUACUACUACUCCUGAGUCUGAAGCUAAAGAAAAGGAACAAAAAGAAGAAAACAAGACAGAAGAAGUUGCUGCUGAAGAAGUUGCUACUGAAGAAGAAAAGCCUGCUGCUGAAGAAGCUCCUGCUACUCCUGUCAAACUUUCCAAGCGCCGUACUCUCUUCAAUCCUUUCGGUAAAUCAAAGAAGGAUGAAGCCAAGAGAGAAGAAUCAAAGAAAGAAAAGGAAGAAGUCAAGAAGGAAGAAACUCCUGCUAUUGCUGUUGAAACCAAAGAAGUUGAACCUGUUACCGCUGCUGUUGAAGAAAAGCCUACAAAGAAAUCAUCUAAGGGCUUCGGUAAUUUCUUCAGAUCAAAGACCACAAGCCCUGUAAAGGUAGAAGAAGUCACUGAAGCUUCUGCUGUUGUUCCUACUGAAUUACCUCAAAUUGAACAACUUCAACCUAUGGAAACCGAAAUUGAAGUUCAAGAAGAAGGCGAAAAGAAGGAAGAAAAGGCUCCUUCUGUUAAAGAAGCUGCUGCUGAAGCUACUGAGACUGCUGAAGUCACUGAAACUACCGAAACUACCGAAACUACCGAAACUACCGAAACCGAAAUCGUUGAAGUUGCCGAAACUCCUGCUGUUGCUCCCGCUAACAACAAGCGUCAAUCUUUUAUCAGUAAGUUGUUUGGUAAGAAAAAGCAUGAAUCUGCUGCUGUUAUUCCUGCCACAAAAGAAGUCGAGGAAGAAGAAGUUGCUGAAGCUACAACUACUGAAGAAACUCCUGCCGAGUCCGCUGCUGUUGCCGUUGAAGAACCCAAGAAAGAAGAAACUACUGACGAAGCUGUACCUGCCAAGGAAGCUACCAAAGAAAACGCUACUCUUGCUACCGCUCCUCCUACCGCUCGCCCUUCCUCUCCUCUUGGCAAGUUGACAGAAUUGUUCUCUUCAAAGAAGGGCAACAAGAAAUCUAAGAAGACUACUGCUACUGAAGAAAAGAAGGAGGAAGCUCCUACUGCUAAAGAAGAGGAAAAGGUAGAAGAACCCAGAAAAGAAGUCGAGGAGAAGAAGCAAGAGGUUGAAGUAAAGGAACCUAGUGUGUCUGAAGCUGCUCCCGCUGCUGUUGUUGCAUCUGCAUAAAUUUAACUUUAUUUAAUGCUCUCCACACACCAUUAUAGACCAGUGUGUGCCUGCGAUCAUUAUUUGUAUAAUGCUUCUCACUUACACUUUAUUACUACUACUAAAUAACCACCUCAUAUAAUUCACUACUUAUUUAUCUUUUCACAAUAAUAAAAUCAACCAUUCCUGCUUCAUUU